AAAUCGUCCUUCAUGCGCUUAUGUUAUGAGGAUAAUGUAAAACUCCGUGUGUAUUGGGUCGGUCUGCCUAAACCUAUAUAAGCACUGCAGACAAAGUUUUCCAAAGCCUCUCUUUCUUGCCAACCGCAAAGAUGAACUACGGAUCUGACCACUAUACCUCGUCAUCCUACCGAAAGAUCUACAGGGACGCUCCUCGUUUCUCACCCUCAACCUCUCGUAUGAGUAGUCCUUCCGCCUCCUCCCGCAGUUCUGUGUCCUCCACCAGUUACAGGUCUGCGGUGUCUCUCCCCCGCAGUAGUGCGUCAUCGCUGGGCUACUACAGAAGGACCGGUCAGUCUUCUUCCUUUUCGACGGUGCCAGGUGACAGCCUCGAAUUGACUCAAUCCUCCGUCCUCAGCAAUGAGUUGAAAGUCACCCGAACCAAUGAGAAGGAACAACUGCAGGGUCUCAAUGACCGCUUCGCCAUGUUCAUCGAGAAAGUGCGUACCCUGGAGCAGCAGAACAAAGUCUUGGAGACGGAGCUGGUGACCCUGCGCCAGAGGCAGCACGAGCCAUCCCGCAUCGCGGACCUAUACCAGCAGGAGAUGCGCGAGCUUCGCGCGCAAGUGGAGGAGAUCAGCAGCGAGAAAGCACACAUUCUCAUCGAUAGGGACAACUUAGAAGAAGACCUGCACAAGCUUAGGGCCAAAUAUGAGGAGGAGAUAAGGGCGCGCGAGGAGGCUGAGCAGACCCUGCGGUCGUUCAAAAAGGACGUGGAUGACGCCACCAUUGCGCGGCUGGAUCUAGAGCGCAAAGUGGAGGGCCUCCUGGAUGAGAUAUCCUUCCUGAGGAAGGUCCACGACGAGGAGGUGGCCGAACUGAGCGGUAUGGUCCAGGCAGCUCAUGUGUCAGUCGAGGUAGAGCUGGCCAAACCCGACCUCACUUCGGCUCUGAAAGAGAUCCGCAAUCAGUACGAAACUCUGGCUUCUAAGAACCUGCACUCCGCGGAAGAGUGGUAUAAAUCCAAGUUUGCCAAUCUCAACGAGCAGGCCACCAGGAGCAAUGAGGCAAUGCGGGCCAGCAGGGAGGAGAUCAACGAAUUCAGGAGACAACUGCAGUCCAAGACAAUUGAGUUGGAGACCCUACAUGGCAUCAAUGAGUCUUUGGAACGGCAGAUUCGAGAGACAGAAGAUGGACACAAUCUUGAAAUCGCAGGUUUGCAGGAUACCAUUGGGCACCUGGACAAUGAUUUGCGGAACAUCAAGAAUGACAUGGCUCAGCAUCUUCGAGAGUACCAGGAUUUGCUCAAUGUCAAAAUGGCUCUGGACAUUGAAAUAGCUGCCUACAGAAAACUGCUGGAGGGAGAGGAAACUCACUUUAGCACAGGAAUAUUAUUUGGCGCCUCAAACCAUGGCACCAGUCACUUUGGAUACCAGCCACGUGCCUCAAGCUAUGCACGGAGUACCAAUAAGGAGAAAGAGGCUGCUCAGAAAGAUGGCUUCAAGGAGAUCACUGAGGAAAAAGUGGAGAAGAGCGAUGAAGCAGAUAUCAACUCAAACAACUAGACAACAUAAAUUUAGAGCUUGCAAGCCAGUUAUCUAAAGGCACAGAGCAAAUGUACUGUAUAUCUUACAUUAUUACUGGGAUGCAUUAUGUGCAGCUGAGCACUGCUACACUCUCCAGUUUCAAUUAAAAUAGUGGAAUUCGAGAUAGUCUUUGUUAGUAAUAUGAUAUGGAAGGUAGGUAGGUAGUUGAAAGGAGUGAUAAUUUUGUAAUUUAAACAAAUUGAAUAUUUUAACAAAAUGUAUGUAUUUUUGUAGCCUGGUUGCCUGAUCUGUAUGUGUUUUAGCCAACUCUUCUGUCAUUCGUUGUCAUGCCAUGCAAAUACAGUACAUGGCUAAUAAUUUUGUGAGUUGGGGCUGAUGAUGAAGCCAUUAAAAAUGUACUGUAACCUAUUUAUUGAACAUUGUCAAUAAAUGACUGAGAAGUC